AUGGGCGAACCAAUCAUUCCAAUGCCUCCCAGGGAGCUGGAAGAAAUCUCCAUCAUCGACAACUCCCUUAAGUUCCCCACUUUCACCGCACACACCGCCUGGACGCUGGGCUCAUUGCUACGAACGAGACUCUUCGCCUUCUCUAAACCCACUGUAAUAGACAUCAGCCUUGCGCAUGGGAAUCACUGUCUUUUCCAUGCGGUAACCCAUUCAGGCACGGCGCCGGAUAACGAUACGUGGGUUGCGAGGAAGAGGAAUACCGUCUUGAGGUUUGGGAAUAGCACAUGGUUCGUGCACAACAAGUUCAAGGGCGACGAACAGGCUUUCGGAGCGAAGUUUGCUCUGGGCGAGAAAGCUGGGGAGUAUGCAAUCCACGGAGGAGGUUGGCCGGUAAGAGUACAGGGAGUUGAGGGCAUUGUUGCUGUGAUUGUUGUGAGCGGAUUGAAGCAGGAGCAGGAUCAUGGCGUUAUUAUCCAGGUCGUUAGCGAAUAUCUGGAAGAGCUUGGAGUCGAAAUGGGUGAAAAGAAGAAAGAGGACUGA